UAAGCGUGGAUUGCUAUCUACGGCUCUAUAAUCGCCUUAUUACAAUAACAUUACUGGGAGAGGUGUGAAAAUAAUACGCAUUAAGUUGGCGUGCAACGGGAAGCAAGUAUCUGACAUUAAUCAGUGAACGAGAACACUCGAAGAUAGCAGGAGGUCUGUAGUUCGCCACUACAACUGGAAAAUUUAUCUUGCCUAUUCGCCAUUGAGAUUUUCGAUUGUGUUAAUAAUAAUUCGCAGUUAUGAUUGAACUGAGUAAAGGAUCAUUGGAUCAAAUCAUGAGUGGCCAAAACUUCGAGAACUCUGUACUUCAGUUAUUAAGUUACAAAAAACUGCGCGGUGCUACUUCUGAUCAGUAUAGACUGGUUGUGUCUGAUGGAGAAAGAAUAAAUCAAUACACAAUGUUAUCUACUAAAUUAAAUCAUUUAAUUAAAAAUUAUAUUCUCAACAUAUAUACAAUUUUUAAAUUAUUAAAUUAUGAAGUGACGUCAAUGGACAAAGAAAGAAAAGUAUUAAUAAUAAUGAACUGCGAAGUAUUAACUUCUGUCAGAGAAGUUAUGUGCAUGAUAGGAAACCCGACUAUAACGAACAAGCCUCACUCAUCCACUGCUGUACAUCACGAAGUGAUGGAAGACACUAUGCAAUCAAGUACUUCGAGUGAUACAAAUAACUCCUUACGUGUAGAAUCUACAGUUCCAAUUAUAACAUUGGAAGAUACUAUGCAACCAAGUACUUCGAAAAAUACAAAUAACUCCUUUCGUGUAGAAUCUAAUGUUCCGUUUGAAAUGGAAGAUACCAUGCAACCAAAUAUUUCGAGAGAUACAAAUAACUCCUUUCGUGUAAAAUCUACAGUUGAAAUUAUAACAUUGGAAGAUACUACGCAACCAAGUACCUCGGGAGAUAUAAAUAAUUCCUCUCGCGAAGAACCUACUGUUCCGAUUGAAAUGGAAGAUACCAUGCAACCAAGUACUUCGAGAGAUACAAAUAACUCCUUUCGUGUAAAAUCUACAGUUCCAAUUAUAACAUUGGAAGAUACUAUGCAACCAAGUACUUCGAAAGAUACAAAUAACUCUUUUCGUAUAGAAUCUAAUGUUCCGUUUGAAAUGGAAGAUACCAUGCAACCAAGUACUUCGAGAGAUACAAAUAACUCCUUUCGUAUAAAAUCUACAGUUGAAAUUGUAACAUUGGAAGAUACUAUGCAACCAAGUACUUCGAGAGAUACAAAUAAUUCCUCUCACGAAGAACCUACUGUUCCGAUUGAAAUGAAAGAUACCAUGCUACCAAGUACUUCGAGAGAUACAAAUAAUUUCUCUCGCAAAGAACCUAUUGUUCCGAUUAAAUCAUUGAGCCCUCUAAACAGUGGGACAAUUAAAGCUCGCGUAAUCAAUAAAUCUCCAAUCAAAGAGUGGAAGAAAUACAAUAGAAGUGGCGAAUGGUUCUCCACAGAUCUGGUCGACCAAGAUAGUACCAAAAUUAAAUGCAUCGUAUUCAAUGAAUGCGAUAGAUUUCAUAACGACUUAAAGGAUAACAAGGUAUACCAAAUUUCGAAAUACUGCCUGAAACCAAAAAAUCCAAAAUUCAGCAAAUUGCAAAACAAGUAUGAAAUAAAAUUAACCAAGUCUACCAAAAUCGUAGAAUGUUACGAUGAUGGGUGUAUACAGUUGAUGCUCUCCGCUCAACUCGGUGGCAAUUUCGAUGCGCCGCUCCUUACUUUUCAAGAGGCGACCAAAGCAAAACUAGGCGAAAAUCCGUACUCAGAAAAUGUCUUUAUGGUAGUGGCAACAAUUUGUUCAAUUUAUAAGGCACACUUUUAUAAGGCAUGUCCCAACGACAGCUGUAAAAAGAAAAAAAUCGAGCAAGUUUAUAAGACAUUCAAGUGCGGCAAAUGUAACCAAGAAUACAUAAACUUCAUUUAUGGCUUGAGACUGGGGAUAGAUAUAUCAGACUCAACAGGCAGUUAUCACGUGACCGCCUUUAAUAAAGUAGCUGAGAAUAUGUUUAACAUAUCAAUUCAAGCAUUGGGCGAAUUGGAGAAAAACGAUAGCGAUGCCUAUACGGAAAAAAUCAACAAGUUGAAAUUUAAAAGAUACACGUUUGUCUUGAAAAGGAAAGCGCAAAUUUACACAGACGAAUAUACUUGUGAAUCAAUUACGCCAUUAAAACAUCUUAUUUACUCGAGGCAUUUAAUGGCCAAAAUUAACAAACUUCGGCAAAGUAAACCUUAAUUAGCACAAAUCUAGGACAACCUAAAGAUGUCCAGAGAACGUCCUAUAUCCUAAGAACAUCUAUAGGAUAUCCAUAAAAUAUCGUGUGCUGUCUGGGUUCCCAACUGUCUCCAAAUGUCCAAAACUGAGACAUGAGACGUCUUUAAGACAAUUUAAAACGAGAAAUUCAAUGUUGUUAGAUACACGAACAAAUUAAAAUUAUUUUAAUUUUUUAUCUUUAUUAUAAAUUAUUUUAUGAAUGCAAGCAUUGUUAUAAUGAUAAUACACGAAGUAAUAUGAAAUAAUAUGAAAGUAUUAUGAAUAAAUAUAAAGACAUACUGCAUAUCCUUUCUUUUAA